UCAGCUUCUGAAGAGGCAGACGGUCCGUUCGGGGGCGGGUGGCGGACACACACACCGAGAGGCACCAACUGAGCGGCGUCGGAGCCAGAGUUGCAAAAAUGAGAGGAGAGAAGUUCACAGACUGAGACAGGCUGCUUGACAGCCGUCGCAACGUUUUUGGGAGCGACUUCAGCGACCGGUGGACGCCGAGACGUGGCGGGACAGUUUGUGUUCCUGGAAAAAUACCACUCUUUUCGGUGUUACGGUAACUGCAGCAGGGCGGUGUGUGUUUAUGAGUGCCUUGGCGGCGGUCCCGCUGCUACCGAAACAUGAACAAGACCCACCGAGUGCCGAGCAGCCGUUCUCUGAGUGCCGUGGAGGUGAAGAGCAAGUUUGGUGCUGAGUUUCGUCGGUUCUCGCUGGACCGGUCGAAACCAGGUCGCUUCGAUGAGUUCUAUGGGCUCCUGCAGCACGUACAUCGCAUCCCCAAUGUGGAGUUGUUGGUGGCCUACGCUGAUGUUCACGGGGACCUGCUGCCCAUCAACAAUGAUGACAACUACCACAAGGCAAUCUCCACAGCGAACCCUCUACUCCGGCUCUUUCUGCAGAGGAAAGAGGAAGCUGACUACGCGGCGUUUGGCACAGACUCUCUGACCAGGAAGAAGAACACGGUUCUUUCAGCGGUUCUUCUUCGGCCCGACGCCAACAAGAAAAAGCCGCCGGUGAUCAUCAGCCUCCCGAAAGACUUCCGGCCCGUGUCUUCCAUCAUCGAUGUGGACAUCCUUCCAGAGACGCACCGCCGCGUUCGUCUGUACAAGCACGGCCAGGAAAAGCCGUUGGGGUUUUACAUUCGCGAUGGCUCGAGCGUGCGGGUCACCCCACAGGGCCUGGAGAAGGUCCCGGGGAUCUUCAUCUCACGCCUGGUGCCCGGCGGCUUGGCCGAGAGCACCGGCCUUCUGGCUGUUAACGACGAGGUUCUGGAAGUGAACGGCAUCGAGGUGGCUGGGAAGUCUCUGGACCAGGUGACGGACAUGAUGAUCGCUAACAGCCACAAUCUCAUCAUCACCGUGAAGCCUGCCAAUCAGCGAAACAACGUCGUUCGCUGUGGAGGAGGAGGGGGCGCUGCCUCUGGCAGUUCAGGUCGCUCGUCAGACAGCGGCGCCAGCUACUACGGCUACUCGGCGCACGGCGCCGUGGCUUCGAUGCCAACGCACAUCAUCCAGAACUUUAGCGCCGGGGAACUGGAGAGCGACGAAGACGAGGACCUGGUGAUUGAAGCGGGAGGCGAGGCUGAAGCCAUCCGGCACGCUCCCUCCGACUACAGCAUCCCUUCGGUGCCUCGCUACGAACCACACCUCAACCUCCGCUCCCACUUCAGCUCCGCCUACUCCAUCAACGCCAACGGGACGCUGCAUGGCAGUGGCAGCAGCGGGUCACCGAAUAACAUUAAUGCUAAUUCGGCCUCGCCGUCCCCAGACAGAGCAAAGGAGAGGCGGAGCCUGGAGGAGGAUGGCACCGUUAUUACGCUGUAGACCCAAACCGGAGAACAGAAAGAGACACCUCCACAUGCUUCAGGAGGUGGUGGCAGAGUCACGGAGCAACAUUUCAAACCUGUACCUGUACUCUUGAAACACAUUUUAAUGUAAACGUCCGCAAAAGUUCGUACAUUCUAGUAACGUCCACAUUCAACACUAAUGCUUCUCUACAUGCCAAGCUAGUGUGCCAUAGUGCUGACCCACAGGCACACCAACGUCUUCAGCGUGGAUCUAGUUUUAACCUUUUAACGGCGUGUUGAAGAGGUCCAUGAGGAACAUCAGUCACCUAUCUGCUUGGUGGUUCCUACGGGGUAAUGCCAAAGCAGUUGACCAAAUCCUGACAAACGCGUUUUUAAGCGUUGGCUUGUGUUUCCUGGCCAGAAGACGUUAAACCACUGCUCAUAUUCGUUUUCCACUUUGUUUUUACAUCGCUGUGAUCAAUGACGGACCGAAGAACCCUGCGUUUUUAAUCUUUGUGUCUUUUUUUUUUUCUUCUCAGACCAAGUUCAAGUAGAGAAACGUUCCAAAUUCACACCUGGAUGGCCUCUUAAGCCAUAUCUCACUACCUGCUGGGGACAAAAGCAGUUUCCAAAAUGCCUCAAAAUCUUCACGAGGUCCUUUCAGUCGCGGGGCGGCGCUUCUCUGUUGCUUUUUGAACAAAUUUACUUUCCAUAUGGUCUCCAGCUUGUCUGGAGCUACCCUCGGUUUAGUUUUCGUCAGUCAGGAAGUACGAAACGAUUUGGGGAGGUAUUAAGCUCCUGGGACCGUUUUUUAAUCUCGCCCUGCUGUUUGGGAUGAGCAGAGCCUCGUGAACGUGGAGAAAAAUAUAUUUAUACAUAACUUUAGUCCUUUAAGACGGCGUCCCUACCUGUGGACGCCGGUUCUCGGGGGUUAGGACACUUUGUGGCUAAAUUGCAGAAUAAAAUAAAAACUGUUUUUGGCUUUGCACAAGCGUCAUGCACCCUUGUGACCCGGCCUUUAUUUUAUGCCUCCAACCGAAACUCGCAGCCCUUUGAGAUAAAAACCUGUUUGUUUGUUUUGUUGUUGUUGUUGCACUCCAUAACACAACGUGGACCGUUUCCUGAUGUACAUUUGGGGAUAAAGGAAGGUGACGUUGAACCUGAGCUUCCUCCUCGUUUUCGUCUGAUCCAGACCCCGCCGAGUACGCCCCAGGACGCUUCCACGUUUCGUGUUUAAAUCCAUCAGCUGAAAGCCGUUUAAACAUUUCAGUUUUACUUCGGUGAGUCCGUUUUUAUUUGUAUGAAGUGUCGAUGAUUAUUCGUUAUUACAGCCGCAGAGGCUGGUCGGUAAUCCAAACAUGACCUGGUUGGAAACAAAAACACGCUCGGCGGCGUUGGAUGCAAGCAAAUUAGUGUAUUUGCUGAAGGUGAAGCUGAUCUUUAUGUACCUGCGGAUCAUGUACUGUUGAAGUUGCUGCAGCAGCUUGGAUAUGAUGAUGUUCAAAGCAAAGAAGCCUUCAGAAUUCGUUUGAUCAGUCAUUGUUCCCCCAAACGGCUCACGAACGUCUUUAGAAUGAAUCUAGUUUUGAAGCGGCAGGAAAAACUCCUCUGAUCAUGAAACGGAUCGGUUACAUUUAUGGGAAGCGUCCGUUUCUGUUGCACGCUGCAGCAAACCGCCUCUGUGGAGUGAGAGCAGGUGGUCUAUCGUGUCUACUAUUGAUUUUUUAAGCAUUCGCUCUCCUGCUAAAGUGCUACGCCUUGCUUUAGCAUUGAUUUCUAUCUUGCAUAUUAAAGUAAAAUCAGCACACAGCCACUUUCAGGCUUCAUGUGAGUCCGUGUGCACUCGUGGAGACACUUUUAGGAUCAUUAUCAUGCUAAUUAGCCUCAUUAGUAGCUCUGUUUAUCCUCUGAUGAACUUCUACGUUAGUGACUGGAAUAAACAUGGCUGCCUGCACAGGUACUGCCUUUGUCGGUGGAGCGCCAAGCUCCGUCGUUCCUAACUUUUCGGCCACAAAUCACAACUCGAGUUGAAGUUUGGUUUUUCUACUUGUUGAUAAUUUAUUGCCAGUGUCUCUGACUUCACCACAGGACUCCGGGAUUGUAACCACACCGACAUUUUAAUUUAUUCUGUAAUCCUGAUAAAUGUUCUUUCUUUUUCACGUUCUGAUGUUUUUACAUGUUCACACUUAUUGUUUCCAGCAUCAAAGUGGCGGUACGGUAGAUAUUUUACUGUCGGUUGUGGAUCAUUUCAGUUUCUGGUUUUAAAUAUCAAAAAGGAGAUUAAAUAAAAAGCUAUUUUCUUCAUACUGUGAAUUAUGAUUUUGUGUGGCAGUGAAACGGUUCUGUUAGCAACCUGAAAUGUUUCACUUGUCGGGUUUUGUAGGCAACAGGGCGAUGAUUUUUGCUGCCAGAUAAAUUCUCUACUAUAGAUUUGUAAUGAAGAACGUCAGUAUUUUCAUAUCGAUGCUUUCUAAAUAUGCGAUGUGCGUUUUUAUCAUUUGAAGGAGACUGUUUUAUGAUUGAAGUGGAGAUUUAAGAAUACAUGUAAACCUGUAACUGGUGAUCGGCAGAGCUGGAUAAAAUAAACUAAAUAUGUAGCAAUGAGAA